AUGAAAGAUGACUUGAAAAUUUUGUCAUUUAUCAACACGAAUUUAACUGAAUUUCCAACUGAAGCAUUGAGGCCCUUGACGAAUUUGAAGUUUUUAAAGAUCGAUGGAAGCGAAAUCACGAAAAUCGAUAAAAACUCGUUCACGAACCUGUCUUGGAGUGGCAUUGUUGAGACAAUUCACUUGACGAAUGGAGCAAUUGCCGAUAUCGAAGCCGGAAGUUUCGUGCCUUUUAAGAAGUUGAAGCGACUUUAUUUGAACAAUAACAAGCUUACGGUACUGAAAAAGAACCAAUUUCAAGGUUUACGUGAAGUAGAGUCGCUCGAUUUGAGUCACAAUGAAAUUAUUAAAGUUGACACGUCGCACAUCGGGGAUUUGAGUAAACUUGUGUACUUUAAUGCAUCCCAUAACCAACUUACGGAGAUCUCACGAGGAGCAUUUGCACGAAAUUCGGUGUUGAGACUUCUUAAUUUGGCUCAUAACAAGAUAAAACGACUCGAUCAGCACAGUUUUCGUGGCAUGCGGUUCUUAAGUCGACUUUUUUUGAACGAUAAUGCCAUCACAGAUGUCAGUCGAGGCACGUUCGAGUCUGUAAAAAGGAUAGGAGUUAUUAAUUUGGCACGAAAUUUGAUCACAAAAAUCGAUUUUGGGAUGUUUUUUGAAUUAAAUUACGUGGAAACGAUAGAUAUGGCGGAAAAUCGAAUCACGGCGAUAUCGAAACAGGCUUUUAAGGACUUGUACUUGACGAGUAUCAACAUUUCGCAUAACCAAGUAAGCGUAAUGGAGCAAGGAGCCUUCGAGAAUUGUGUAAACAUGACUUUGUUGGAUUUGUCCCAUAAUAAUAUCACGGAUUUCGUGAAGGGAGUCUUUGAUGAGAACUCGUAUCCGGGAGAAUUUAACCUUUCGUACAACUUUUUGACCAAUUUUUCAAGAAUUCCUUUGGCUCAUAUGACAGGAAUUCGCUUUUUAAAUGUCUCCUUUAACAACAUUUCGACAAUUCCAAAGCAAACUCAACUCAAAUUAUACGAAUUACAUACAAUAGAUGCCUCGCACAAUGUCAUUACGGAAAUUUAUGACAACAUUUUUCAACCCGCCAUCGCUUUGCGGUUCCUCAAUUUGAGUUACAAUGCCUUGGAAAAACUCAAAGUGUCGACUUUUGGUGCCAUCACGACUUUACUUCAGCUGGAUUUGAGUCACAAUCGAUUGAAAAUCGUGCCAAAAGACACUUUUAUCAAACUCGUGUCACUUUUCCGUCUCACAUUGUCCCAUAACUUGCUCGAAAAGAUGAUUACGCCGUCCUUGGCACUCAGUCAGCUCGAUUUUAGUCACAACCAGUUGUCGGCGAUCGAUGCUUCUGUCUGGCCAGUGAUGAAUGCAUUACUUACGCUAGAUUUAACGAACAAUACGCUUAAUGAUAAUCUCGUGGAUGAAAAUUUUGCCAGUUUGCUUACGCUGCGGGAGCUGCAUUUGUCGCACAAUAACAUCACAAAAAUAUCAAAAGGAAGUUUCAGAGGACUAAAUACAUUACAAUACCUCGGAUUAAGUAACAAUCAAAUUACUGAAGUGGAAAAAGACGCAUUUGGAAAAAUGUCAAUAUUUGUAUUAAACCUGCAUGAGAACCGUAUUACGAAAAUAAGUGACUUAUCCUUCAUGAAUUUGGGCGUCUUGUCAACACUUAAUCUCUCCUCCAACGAAAUUCAGCACUUGCCGAGCGAAUCUUUCCGCGGAAUGCUGUCCCUCAAAAUCAUCGACUUAUCUGACAACAAAAUCGAACGCACGGAAAACAAAACUCACAGCGUUUUCGAGCCCCUUUUGAAUCUGGAAGAGAUUCAUUUGCGCAAAAAUCGCAUAAGUUUCCUGUCCAAAGUCAGUAUUCCGUACAAUCAAUGGUUCGCCUACAAAAUCCGCUAUUUGGACUUGAGUUACAACAUCAUGCCAAUUCUAACGAACGACAUUACCAUCGGGACACAAAAUUUGGAGCACUUGAAUUUAUCUCACAAUUACGUUCAGGAGAUUCGGGUUGGAGUUUUAGGAAAAAUGGCUUCCCUGAAGACUUUGGAUUUGUCCUUUAACAAUAUUCGGGAUUUUAAUCAGACUUUUGCGCCGAAUUUUAAGAAGCUUUAUUUGCAAAAUAAUAAAAUGCACACGCUUUCGUGGAGUUAUUUGGCGAAUUUGACAAAUUUGGAGGAGCUGGAUUUGAGAUUUAAUAAUAUGAGUCGCUUGAAUGACAGUUUGUUGCUGAAAGUUCAAGCCGGGAUGAAAAUGUCGGUAGAAGGAAACCCUCUGGAGUGCGAUUGUCAAAUGAGACCUUUUGCUGUAGCAGAAAAAUCCAAUAAAACUGUCAAAUUGGACUUUGAUAAGGCGAUGUGCAAUGGUCAGGUGAUCGAAGAAAUCCCGGAUGAGAUGAUGGUUUGCUCUGACGACGUAAAAGACGAAAUUUACAACCAUUUGACGGGAUUGCAGUUCAAAGUUGUUCGAUUUACAAAAGGUCUUCUUUGGUUUAGUUGGCAAAUCAAAGGCACCGGCGACAUUGCCGACUUUUACGUGAAUGUCCGAAAUAUUGAUGACCGACAAACAUUACACGAAUUUCACAUUCCAUACGAUCAGCGCACCGCAAACAUUUCGCUCGGCAAUUUCGCAGCCGACAACAUGGAAGUUUGUCUGUUGAGCACCGAUAGCACGGGAAAAAUCGAUAAAUAUGACAAGCAUCAGUGCUUUGAUUUGCACGCCGAAUGGAAGAUGCUCAACAAAAAGUGUUACCGCAACGCAGGGCGACAUUGUGACAUCUUCGAUGCGAAGCAAAAUGCAUUCAGGAUGCUCUCGACGAGUGAUGGCACGACAAUUAACGCAACAAUGCACAGUGCAGCAUCGUCUCCUCUCACAAUCUCUCCGUUGGAUCUAAGGCCAUCCCUUUCCGACUCACCGACACUCUCGAACAACAACAACAGCAUUUCGUCGGCGUCAGCCAAUGAGAAGCAGCGUCCUCCUUAUGCGAAACCUCCCUUCUCGUACAUCGCAUUAAUUACCAUGGCAAUACUUCAAUCACCGCAAAGGAAAUUGACGCUUAGUGGAAUUUGUGAAUUUAUUAUGGCAAGAUUCCCGUAUUACAAGGAAAAAUUUCCCGCAUGGCAAAACAGUAUUCGACACAAUUUGAGUCUCAACGAUUGUUUUAUCAAGGUUCCGCGCGAACCUGGGAAUCCAGGAAAAGGAAAUUUUUGGACUCUGGACCCAUUGGCGGAAGAUAUGUUCGAUAACGGAAGUUUUUUGAGACGUCGAAAGCGUUAUAAGAGAACUGCUAUUUCGCAAAAUAUGCAUUUUUCGCCGAUUUUUGGGAAUUUUGCUCCUUUUUGGAUACGGAAGCCUGUUCCAAUGUUGCCCAUGCAAUUAUCUCACAGUAAUUUUAACAUUUUUAACGAGAACGUGGAUGAUGUUAGCAGUAAUAAUAAGAUGGAUGGAUGUUGUGUCGAUGGAAAAUCUUUUGCUAAAGACAUUUGUACAGAAAGUUCGGCGGGAAAUGCGAGUUACAGCUCAAUUGAUCAGAAUAUUUUAACACUAAGUAAGCGAAAUAAUAAUUUUGCGAGAGUUUAUGAUAACAGCUCCGAAGAGGAUGAAGUAGAUGUUGAUGAAAUAACCGAGCAAAAAAGUAUUUUUGGGGCUUUGGAUCAUUCAAAAGUUUUGUAUAAGAGAAAACCCGAUCCCGUCGGCGACAGAUACGAAGCCAACAACUCACCAGAAGAAUGUCAAUUUAGUUCAGCAAUUUUUGCACAAAACUUCUCAACGAGUCGUCACAAAGACGACGGAACGCUCGAAGAUAGUCCGCAUGGAGGCGAUAUCACGUCAAAUCGACAUCGAAAACUCGACGUGUUCAGUAUAGAAAACUUAAUUGGCGAAAAUAUCGAAGGCAGUUAG